AUGGGUAUCGAUUUACUAGCCAAGCUAGCCAAACACAGCAUAGUUCAUCACUCAAAGUUUCGAUUCUCUUCCAAUCCAAUUUCUGGUUCUCAAUUUGCUUCUCACUAUCAACAAUGCAGAGCUUACUCUGCUCGAUCAAUGAACACUGCUGCAACUAAAGUACCUAAAACUCAUUUUCUUUCAUUUCCAACUUUUCUUCGUAAAUCAGUUUCAUCUUCUGAAUGUGCAAAUACCAAGAUGGGAUUCUUGGCAUGGUAUAUGGGAGCUCUUGAGUCUCGUCCAAUCAUCACCAAAUCUAUUUCUUCUGCUAUUAUAUAUGCUGCUGCCGAUGUUACUUCUCAGGUGAUUACGAUGUGGCCUUCGGAUUCUCUAGAUAUAGUAAGGACUCUACGUAUGGCUAGUUUUGGAUUGAUCAUCUUAGGAACAGCACAACAUCUCUGGUUUAACUAUAUGGGAAGGGUAUUACCAAAGAGAGAUGUAGUUUCGACCUUGAAGAAAUUGUUGAUAGGACAGUUUGCUUAUGGGCCUCUCAUUAAUUCUGCUUUCUUCUCUUUCAAUGCCGCUCUACAAGGUGAGAAUGGAGAAGAAAUCGCUGCAAGGUUGAAGCGCGACCUGCUGCCAACAAUGAUUAAGGGACUUAUGUACUGGCCAAUGUGUGAUUUCUUGACAUAUAAAGUAAUCCCUGUCCAUUUGCAGCCGUUGAUUAAUAGUUCAUUUUCCUAUGCGUGGACUAUAUAUUUGACGUACGUUGCAAGUUUGAAGAAAGCUGCUUCUGAUUAAUUUGCACCCCUCACGCUGGAUGUUUCAAUAUAUUUUCAAGGAUAGAAUCAAAAGAAAAUUAAAUCAAUCAGCUGAGAGAUUAACAAUGCCGGACAUUUUACAAGCUACCUAGCCAUUUUUUACCAUUUAGAUUAGGCCAAAAGAUGUCGCUCUUCCCAAUAUCGGACAUCUCCGUGAUCAAGAUGUCACAAUUCAAGCUAGUAGUGCAUGAUAUUGAAAUUUCAGGCGUUUACUGCUAAGUUCAGCUUUUCUUACUCCUUGAUAAUUAUGUGAAGAAAAAGUUAUAUAGAAAAUAUAUUUGAGAAGCAAGUUGAUUUUAUUUAUUAAUAAUUCGCUUAUCGAUGAACCAACGGAAUUUUCCUGUG